AGACACCACUUUCUUCCCUCCCUUCACACAGCACAACCCCUAAAAAAGGCAGAUAGUGAGGGACACCAGAGUUGGUCUCAGGAUGCCGGCGUACGCCACCAACAUGAGGAUGAAGUUCCCCAUCGUGGCCUUGGUUUUGGAGAUUAUCACCAUCAUCCUGUUUGCAGUGUUUGUGGUCUAUGAUGAUGGGAAAAGUGAUGACCACCAUGACAAAGCCUCCAACAAGAGUGACCAUAAGGAGCCAAUGCCAAUGGAUCUCUACCCCAUGUUUCAGGAUGUCCACGUCAUGAUCUUCAUCGGCUUCGGGUUCCUGAUGACAUUCCUGAAGAGAUACGGUUUCAGCAGCGUGGGCAUCAACCUCCUGCUGGCUGCCUUCGGCCUGCAGUGGGGCCUCCUCAUGCAGGGCUUCUGGCACAUGACCGACGGCAAGAUCAAAAUCAGCAUCUUCAAAUUAAUCAACGCAGACUUCAGCACAGCUACAGUUCUGAUCUCUUUUGGAGCCGUUCUGGGUAAAACCAGCCCUGUGCAGCUCCUCAUCAUGACCAUCCUGGAGAUCACCAUCUUCUCCAUCAAUGAGCAUCUAGUGGCAGAAGUCUUCGAAGCUAAUGAUGUUGGAGCAUCCAUGAUCAUCCACGCUUAUGGAGCCUACUUUGGCCUGGCAGUGGCUCGCGUACUUUACCGACCUGGUCUUAAAAACGGACAUGACAACGAGGGAUCCGUUUAUCACUCUGAUAUGUUUGCUAUGAUUGGAACCGUCUUCCUGUGGAUGUUCUGGCCCAGUUUUAACUCGGCCAUCGCUGAGCCGGGCUACGCUCAGCUCACAGCCGUGAUCAACACGUACCUCUCCCUGGCCGCCUGUGUGCUCUCUGCGUACGCCGUCUCCAGCCUGGUGGAGCACAAAGGAAAACUGGACAUGGUGCACAUUCAGAACGCCACUUUGGCUGGUGGCGUUGCCGUGGGAACAUGUGCUGACAUGAACAUCGGGCCAUUUGGGGCCAUGCUGAUUGGAUUUGUGGCUGGCAUCGUCUCUACCCUGGGCUUCAAGUACCUCACUCCCAUCCUGUCGUCCCACCUGAGAAUCCAGGACACGUGCGGGGUCCACAAUCUGCACGGCAUGCCCGGCAUCCUGGGCGGGUUGGCUGGCAUUGUGGCUGUGGCUCUGGGGAAGAAAGAGGGAGGUAGUGUUCUCAUGCAAGGUGCUGCCUUGGCUUCGUCCCUAGGGUUCGCUUUGUUUGGAGGUGCAAUUACAGGUUUUAUAAUGAAGCUGCCAUUCUGGGGCCAGCCUCCAGACCAGAACUGCUACGAUGACUCUCUUUACUGGGAGGUUCCUGCGGAGGAGGAGGAGAACGAGGAGAGCUUGGCUCACACCGAUCACUCGAAGAACAAAGCAGAGGUUUAAAAAUCUGCUUUCUGUCCCCUGAGCUAGAAACUAAGAAGUAAAGGUUCAAUAAUCAGCUACACCAUGUCAACAGAUGUCAAUUUGUCAAUUAUGAAUGUGAUUACAUGCAUUCAAGAAAUUCGACGAUUUGCUCAACGAACCGACAAGUCAAUUUGAAACUGUUUUAUGAGCAAAGAUAUUUCCAGCAGUGUGAGUUUAAAAUUGUAAUAAGAUUAAGCAGUGAACUUUUUACACAAUAUUUUGAACUUUCUAAAAAUUGUUGACAUAAAUAUUUGGUUAAUCCCAUUGACACUAAGACAAAACAUUUCAAUAAUUUGAAACAGGGAACUUCAGGGAUUUCUUUUACACUGAAUUUAAAACUACAGUGGACCACCUCAUUCACUGCUGAUACACUUCCAUAAACUUUUUGUUUAUUUCAUUUUAUAUUAUCAAAAGCAUGUUUUUUUAAGAUAUUAGUAUAGUGUGUAUUUCUUUUCAUACAUUCUUUUAUUUUUCCAAACACUUGGCGCAUGUGUUUCUGCUGAGGCUGAGGUCAGAGAGAGGAGUUACAGCUCUUCUGACCUGCGGCCUCACGUCACCUCACUGGAGCCCGGCCCUUCUGCAGGAGUCAGUCAGUCUGUGUGAACCAGCAGCUCUGACACGGGCAGGGAUAGUCGCAUUAUAUGUUGUAACUAAUGAACUUAUCUCCCGCUGCGUACGAUCAUUUUCUAUCUAUGUGUUGGCAGCUGUACAAUUUCUUUAAUGCAUGGAGUAUGAAUGUAUUUAGCAUUAAAUUGGUUGUUACUGGGCAAGCUAAAGUUCCUUUUUUGUCUACUUUCUAUUUACAUCCAAUGUAUUCUUCUUACAUGUACAUACAGUUAGCUUUUAGACGGAUUGACAUGGUCAGUUUUAUCAAAGUCCUGCAUUGUUGUAAAAGAGCAACUGGUACUGAAUAUUUUUCAGAUGCCUUUAAAAGAAUUCAACAGGAACUUACACAUUAAAAAUAAAAAAAGUCUGACAUUAAAACAAGGUGCAAAUGUGAAGAUGAAUACACUUUUUUACAAUUUUGGGUGUUCAGCUAUAUUCUUUUCUUCUGUUUUUCUUGCGGUGAGUUACUGUUGGAAUCAUUUAAAAUGAAUAACUGCAGGGCUAGAUAAAACUGACUACACAUACAGUAGUGUUAAUCAAUAUUUUGGUUUGUCAAACGAUGUAUGAUGCCCAGAACACUGAAACACAUCACAUUUUGUAUUUUUAUACAGUGGGCAUGUGCUCUUAUUUGUAUAAUAUACUAAUACUGUCAUAAUAAAUAUGUUUUUGUACAAUA